CCAGAAUGCAGUUGCUGUGCUACUCCGCCCUUGCUGUGCCACUCCUCCUGAUCGGCCUGGCACCGGGGCCAUCGGCCGCCAGCGAUGACGGGUGCAACGAGGUGGUCUGCGGAUCGGUGGUGUCCAAGUGCCUGAUCACCCAGAGCUGCCAGUGCAAGCUGAACGACUGCCACUGCUGCAAGGACUGCCUGAACUGCCUCGGCGAGCUGUACAUCGAGUGCUGUGGCUGCCUGGACAUGUGCCCCAAGCACAAGGACUCGCUGCCCUCGCUGACGCCGCGCUCGGAGAUCGGGGACAUUGAGGGCCUGCCGGAGCUCUUCGACACUCUGACUGCCGAGGAUGACGAGGGAUGGUCCACCAUCCGGUUCCCCAUGCGCGCCGGCUUCAAGCAACGCGUUCAGGGCAGUAACCCCGGCCAAAGUCCCAGUGACAGCGGAGUCUCAGCCGGACUCAACACCUUGUGCACCGUCAUCUACGUGAACUCCUGCAUCCGGGCGAACAAGUGCCGGCAGCAGUGCGAGAGCAUGGGGGCCAGCAGCUAUCGGUGGUUCCACGACGGAUGCUGCGAGUGCGUGGGCGGGAACUGUCUCAACUACGGCAUCAACGAGAGCCGCUGCCGCGGAUGUCCGGAGAACCAGGACCCGGAGCAGGACCAGCUGCUCACCGCCGACUCCGUUCCGGCGGAGGCCGAGCAGGAUCUGGAGCGCUUAUUUGGCAACGAGGAGAUCGAGGACAGCUGGAGCUAUGGCGAGGACGAUGACUUCUCCUACGCUGAUAAGAACGCAGACGACUAG